AUGGCCAUUACCUCUAACAAAAUGGCUAUGGCUUUAGCAACCGUCUUAUUGGCAAUGCUGCUCGUGGGCAACUCCUCCGCUCAUCUCUCCCCGAACUUCUACUACACCACGUGCCCCAAGCUCCUCGGCAUUGUUAGAGCUGGUGUUCAGUCUGCUGUCGCUAAGGAAGCUCGCAUGGGUGCUUCUCUUCUUCGUCUCCACUUUCACGACUGUUUUGUUAAUGGUUGUGAUGGAUCUAUUCUUCUCGAAGAUACUCCUACUUUUAUUGGAGAGCAAACUGCAGCUCCCAAUGUUAGAUCCGUUAGAGGGUUUGAUGUGAUUGAGAGUAUAAAGAAGAAUGUCGAAAAAGUUUGUCCUGGUGUUGUCUCUUGUGCUGAUAUUUUGACUCUUUCUGCUCGAGACUCCGUUGUAGCACUUGGAGGGCCGAGUUGGGAAGUGAAAUUAGGAAGAAGAGAUUCCCAAACAGCUAGCUUCUCUGAUGUCGCUGGUGCCAUUCCUCCGCCAACCGCUACACUCGACAGCCUUAUCGACCGGUUCAACACUAAAGGCCUUUCCCCUCGAGAUUUGGUUGCCUUAUCUGGGGCUCACACGAUCGGGCAAGCAAAGUGUUUAUUUUUCAAGAACCGUAUAUACAACGAGACCAACAUUGAUGAAUCCUUCGCUGAUGAGAGACAGAGGAAUUGUCCAGUAAAUGGAGGAGACGAUAACCGUGCUCCUCUAGACUUCGAAACUCCAAAUCUCUUUGACAACUACUACUACAAGAACCUUCUCGAUCAAAAGGCUCUACUCCGCUCUGAUCAAGUGUUGCAUGAUGGUGGAUCCACUGAUUCCUUAGUUGAACUCUACAGUGACGACAGUGAUGCCUUCGAAGCUGACUUUGUGACAGCUAUGAUCAAGAUGGGCGACAUUGAGCCGCUCACUGGAUCACAAGGCGAGAUUCGGAACGUCUGCAGCAGACCCAAUUAA